AUGAGAUCCGCUAUCCUUUCUCUCGUCGGCGGUGCCUCGACCGUCCUCGCUGCUGCUCGUGGUUUCAACUAUGGCUCUCAAGGCAACACCCUAGAGACUUACGAGGCUCAGUUCCGCACCGCACAAGGUCUUGACACCACCAGCGGUUGGGGAUCUGCCCGCCUCUACACCAUGAUUCAGGAAGGCACAGCCAACACUGUCAUCAGUGCCAUUCCUGCUGCCAUUGCCACCAACACCACCCUUCUCCUUGGUCUCUGGGCGUCCUCGCCUCAGGAUGUUUUCAACAACGAGAUCACUGCUCUUAAGAACGCCAUCAACCAGUAUGGCUCUGCUUUCUCUGAUCUCGUUGUCGGUAUCUCGGUCGGUAGCGAAGACCUUUACCGCACCUCGCCUACUGGCAUUCUCUCCAACGCUGGUACCGGCCAGUCUCCUGACGUUCUUGUCAACUACAUCGGUCAAGUCAAGUCUGCCAUCUCUGGUACUGUUCUUGGUUCAAAGCCCGUAGGACACGUCGAUACUUGGGAGACUUACACCAAUGGAUCGAACUCUGCUGUUGUUGCUGCUGCCGACUUCAUCGGACUCGAUGAGUACCCUUACUACGAAAACACCGAGCAGAACUCUGUCUCCAACGCCAAGAACUUGUUCUUCUCCAAGUACGACGCCGUCGCUGGUGUCGCCAACGGCAAGCCCAUCUGGAUCACCGAGACCGGUUGGCCUACCUCCGGUCCUACCGAGAACCUGGCUGUCCCUAGCGUUGACAACGCCGAGACCUACUGGAAGGCUGUUGCUUGCGAGUUGAUCAGCCGCAACAUCCCUACUUGGUGGUACAUUCUCCAGGACUCUGCCUCUCCCAGCUUUGGUAUCGUCCAGUCUGGUGAACAGCCCAAGUACGAUCUCUCUUGCCCCAGCGUCGCCACUAGCAGCUCGGCCGCUCCUACCAGCUCGGUCGCUAGCGCCACCAUGCCUACCUCCGCCGCCGUCAGCACCACUCUCGAUAUCAGCAACGCUGUUCCCUCUGCCAGCUACGCUGCAUCUGGUGUCACUAGCAAGGCUGCCGUCUCUUCGGCUGCUUCGUCGGUUGCCUCGGUCGCUCCCUCGGUCUCCUCUGCCGUCUCUGCUGCCUCAUCUGCUGCUGGCUCUGUCAUCGCAUCUGUUGCCCCCUCAUCUGCCGCAGGCACUACCGUCAUGCCUGUCACCACCAAGGCAGCCACCUCCGUUGCCGAUGAUGGCGAGACCGUCACCAUUUACUCCACCACUUUGAUCACCGUCACCAACUGCGGUUCUACCGUCUCGGACUGCACCAGUACUGGCAUGUCUACUGCUGUUUCUGCCAAGCCUAGUGUUACCUCUGCCGCCGCCUCAUCCGUUGUCCCCAGCGGUGGUGCUGUUGCCUCUGGAUGUCCUGCCGACAUCAACGGUGCUUACCAGUACCCUCACCUGAUCAUCCCUGUCGACUCCGCCAACCCCAACAAGGCCUACGGUACCCAGUACAACGGCACUGUCAACUCCAAGGUUUCUACCAUCUUCAACUUUGACAUCCCCGCCUCCUACGCUGGCAAGACUUGCUCGACUGUCUUCCUCUUCCCUCAGCUUGACCAGCUCGAGACCUCCAGCUACUCUUUCAACGACAAGGGUGGCUUCACCAUCGCUGUCCUGAACGGUGUUGCUGACCAGUCUACCACUUAUGCCAACGCUCCCGCUGUCGCCAAGCAGAUCGGCUCGGUCGACUCCCUCCAGCGUGGUUCUUCCCACACUCUUAGCCAGGAUGCCUGCCCUGCCGGCGCCAGAGUCUCGUUCGAGGUCACCUCCACUAACGGCCUUGACCUCGAGUGGUUCAACGACUACAACCCCUCGCCUCUGGGUCUUUACGUCCGUGCCUGCUAA